CAGCUAACCAAUCACAGCACGUUUAGUGUUUCGGGAGGUGGAGCUUCAUCGAAACGCGUGCUCACCUGGAUGGGUCUGUCUGCGGAGUAACAGGGAGGAGAGCUGAAGCUGUCCAGAAAUCACACAGAACCGAGAUGGCAGCUCCAACAGAGACAACGUGUGUUUUUCAGAUGGAUGAAGUACUCACGCUUUUAAAACACUACAAACUGGAGAAGUUUUAUGAGCAGUUUGUUGAAUGUGGGAUUGAGGAUGUGCAGGAUUUCAUUGAUGGUGUAACUGAUGAGGACUUGGACAACAUGGAGUUUGAUCAAGUUCAGAAGAACGAAUUCAGAAACAUGAUAGAGGAGAUUCAGAGGAUUGGUUCAGCUCCUGCCCAUGAGGAACCACUGAGGAAAUCACUGCAGGCGUAUUCCCUCUAUUACUCGUUUCCAAAAUGCCAAGGGCGCAAAGAAAUACAUGAUAUGGACCCGUUUCAAAACACGGUGGAGGAUCUUCUUCUGAGGAUUGGCAUUGGCGAGAACAUCGGUGACGACAUGACCGUGUGUCUGUUCACCGCCGAGGGAAUGCCUUUGUCAGAUGACCCAUUCUUCAACACAUGGUCUCUGAAAGACAGACACAUUGACAAUGGCAGUGAACUGUAUGCCAUAUUUACACCAAAAGAAAAUUUAAGAGGAACCGCCACAGACUCCCAGCAGCAAGACUGCAUAAGAAACGAAGGCCCAAACACUGUCUUCUGUCAUGUGAUGCUAAAGGGCAGGUAUGACAUCCGUGUGAACUUGGACUGUGACACAUUGACUGACUUGAGAGGACGGCUGUCACUUGAGAGUGGAAUACCUUCACAUGUGCUUCACCUUAAGGACUAUGACUGGAAUGUCAGUGAAAUACUGUAUAAUCUGGGAAUCCGUGAGGACACGGUGCUACAGUUCUCUUUGUCUUCACUUCAUGGUGAAGUACCGGAGAUGAAUAAGUUCUGCCAAAGUGAUGUCACACCAUCCGUGAAACAAACAGACCUCAGGGGCCUCAGUGCCUUUUUCUCGGUCUUGAAUGUCAUCAUUGCUCUAGUAGAAGGACUUUACUAUCUCUUCCGGGAGUUGUUACCCAGCCAUACAAAACGAUCCGAUGACAGGAUAAUUGAGGACAUGGAUGUGUUUGAGUAUGCCCCAGUCUGCUGGGCCUACCUCAUGUCUCAAGCAAAGGAUAUGAGCACAGAGCAUGAAAACUAUACUGAAAUUUCCAUGAAGGCGCCGUCAACGAAUCAGCGUUUUUGUGAGCCGGUGCGUGUACCAGGCGUGCCGGAAGACUUUGAGAGAAUGGAUGUGCUGGAUGUGAUUAGAGAGGGUGGUCGGAUUCCAAACUGCAGUGAACUGAACCUGAACGAGACAUCGCUGAAAAAAGCCACUGAUGUCGAAAAGAUUUUGCUCAGUCUCCCGCCGUUUAUUGAGUCCUUUCCCCUCUGGACGGACUGUGAUGGCACUACACCUGAUUCCAGUUUUAACAUCAAUCCAGAGGAAACAUUUGCCCAAAUGAACAAGAAAGUGGAGGAUUAUUCUCAUUUGGUGGUAACUCCACCUCUACAGCUGAAGGCUUUCGGAGUGUGCGCCCCACGCCUGAUCCUCCUCAGUCCUGACAGAUUUGGCAUGUACAGCUAUAAAGAUAAAGGGACUCAUCAGAGCAUUGUUGUUUUCGAACCUCUUUCUGGAAAACACAUCACUGUGAACAUCGACGAGCUGGCCAACAAACUGAGAGACGUCAGAGAAGAUCUGACUUUCAAAGUCACCAAGACUCCAAAAGAAGCUAUUGUGGUGCUUCUAGACUCUAAGUUCCUCCAUGGGCGAGGAGUGUUUCGACAAAAACUGCAAAAUGAAGCGAAUUGAAGCCAUCAAAGAAAUAUUCGACAGCUUUGCCAACCGAUGCAUGGCUUAUAAUUUUGAGCAAGUGAUCUGCCUCGUGAAAUUUGACUCUGUGGUCAAAACUCUUCAUACAUUCACAGAAACUGUGGAAACCUUUAAGGAGCAUGUUCAUGCUCUUCAGCCGUCUGGAGCCACUCUGUUGUAUGAUGCUUUAAAUCGCGGAUGCAAAGAACUGAACCAGAAUCAGACAGAGAUUUCCAGACUGCAGAUGUCGUAUUUUAUGCCUGACGGAUGGAAAUGAC